AUGAAGCCUAUUCAAACACCUUUAUCGACUAGCACCAAGCUCACCCAUACUGUUCCCUUAUUCAACGAUCUGUCCUUAUAUCUUCCAGUGGUUAGUGCUUUGCAAUAUGCUACCCUCACUCGUCCCGAUUUAGCAUUUGCAGUAAAUAAGUUACAUCAAUUUAUGAGCAUGUCGACUAUCAAUCAUUGGCAAGCAGUUCAGCGCAACUUACGGUAUCUAAUGCAUACAAUAUCUCAUGGAUUAUUUAUCUCUAAGUCAACCUCUCUUCUUCUUCAUGAAUUCUCCAACGCAAGUUGGGCGGGUUGCCCUGUUGAUCAAAAGUCCUCUGGCGGUUAUGCAAUUUUCUUGGGCAAUAAUCUUAUUUCAUACUCAGCUCACAAGCAACGUAUUGUUGCUCGAUCCUCGACCGAAUCUGAAUAUGAUGCGUUUGCUAAUGCAGCUACAGAGCUAAUUGGGCUUUGUUUGUUGAUUAAUAUGCUGCAAGUUCCUCUUCAAUCUCCUCUAAUUCUAUGGUGUGAUAAUUUAGGUGCUAUCUAUGUUACUGACAACCCAAUAUUUCACACUCACACUAAACAUAUCGAGGUGGAUUUUCACUUUAUUAGAGAUCAAGUGGCAAAGGGGUGGUUAAACUUACAUUUUGUAUCAAUGUAUGAUCAACUUGCAGAUAUUAUGACGAGGCCUCUAACGACUAAAUGUUUUGCUGCUAUUCGUGACAAGCAUCGUGUUCAUUGCUGUGAACCCUCAGGCUUGAAGGGGCAUGAUAGAGUUUGUUGUAAACAAACUCUUGUUAUGUAUGCUCAGUUCUGCAUUACUGUAUUUUAUUGA